UUAUCAGACACGUCAAAAAUGAACAAUUUUGACGUACAUGUGUGUACAUUUGUGAAUCAUGGACAAAGGAGAUUCCAACUCGCCAACGAAAUGUCUUUACAAACAAGAAAAAAAAUCAUUUGAACUAAUUGCAAAAAUAGUUCCCCUUCUGGAGCAUCCGAUCACAAAAGAUGAUGUCCAGAGGCAUACCGAGAUGAUUUCCAACUUCAUCGAUGUUUCGCAGCAUGGAUUUUUUAUUCAAGACUUACCAGAUAUAAUCCAGCUGAUUUAUAUUUUAACUGAUAGAAUCGAUGUAACUGGGGUAUAUGAAAAACUGUUGGAACGAAUACUAGUUAUUUGUUGUAUACCACCCUUACUAAAUAAGUCUUCAGAUGUUCUUACCUUUGCAAGAGACUUACGAGAACUUUUUACUGCACUCGGAUAUCUACUGGUUUGUUUAAAGAAUAAUAAUCUUCGAAAUAUUGUUGUAAACGCUUUGAUAAAUUUAUUGAAGAAUAGUCCGAAACACAAAUGGUAUUCAUCGUUGGAAAGUCGUAAAAAAGCGGCUGAUGAUAGUAGAUUAUCUGAAAUCUUGGGACAGCUACUGGCCGUUGCAGACGAUGAAAUAUAUUCAAAACUGUUAACGUUGAUUACGUUGAUGAUCAAAGAUUGCAAAAACUCUUGUAAGGAACUCUUGCUCCAAGAUGCGUUGAAUUCUCUUUUGAGAAGAAUAGAACCUACAUGGAGAGGUCGAUACCGCGACAUUCAUUCAAUAACUUCCAUAUCGGGUCAAGAAGUUUUGCAUUAUGAUAUUACUUCGUUUAUAAUAUAUGAGUUACUGGAUUAUUUGGAGAAACACAGGGCUGAUUUAGAAGAUGUUAGGAAUAUUGAUCGAUUUUCGAUAUGGAAUAUACAAUAUGCGUUCAAAGCAUUCGUAGUAUGCGAUAAAAAAUUAGAUCGAAACAAUGUAUUAGCGAUGAAGAUUAAACUAAUGGAUCUCUUUCCGAAAGCUGAAUUCAUUGCUAGCGGUUUAUGUGAAAGCGUACUUGAAGUAACAACACGUUACAUUUCCUCCAGGAAGUUGUUCGAAUCGAAGUAUUUAUCGUGCGAAGACGACUACAUUCUUCUGAAACUUGCACUUUUAGAUAUUCUCAUGGUGGCUGAAUUGGAUGGGGGGAAAAGGGUUUUAGAAGCUGCAAGAAUCAUUCAUACACUACUGAGGUCGAUUUGGCGUACCGGAGAACAACGAUUCCUUUCGAAAUCCCAUUUUUGUGUCAUUCAAAUCUUCUUCUGGAAUAUUCUGAAGAAGCUUGUACCCCAUCUGAGCGAAGAAUUUAUUGAGAAUUCCGGACCAUCCAUGUUGGCGCGCUGCAUGAAAGAAAGCAAAAUAAAACAAGAAGGAUUAACAAUCCUAAGGGAAUGUUUGAGUACUACGAAUCAUUUAUUGAAAAACGAUCCUGGUGAAGUUAUUGCGCAUUCUUUUUUGUAUAAUGAUGGAUCUAGUAUACUGCUUAACUUAUGCGAGCAGUUUUUAUCAGAACCGAUCAUAACUGAACCGAUGCAAACCUGUCUGAGAUUGAUAUUCUGCAUAUUUAAUGAACUACAUCAAAGUUCGACCGAUCUACCUGUUGUUCUCGUUGAAAUAUCCUUAAAAUAUUUCAAACGAAUCCUGAAUCUCAAUUUGAACGAAAUGAUUUUUGAUAACAAAAUCAUAAUAUGUCUCAUGGAUUUCGUGUGGGAGACAAUCAUCAAAUCGGAAAACUUGUCAAAAAUGUUCAUCGAAAGUAUGGGGGUUUAUAUGAUGUUGGAUAUUAUACAGAAAUUUCCAUUUCCUGUACAACUGAUCACCCUUGGCGCGCUUGUUGACCUUUGCGAAGAUGAAAGUUGUGUCCCAUAUUUGCUAACUUGGAAAGGCACGAAAAAUGUAAAAUUCAUUCCACUCCUGAUGCAAAUAUUUCGUUAUGAAAAUAACUUGCUACAAGUGAAAUGUGGAAGUUUCGGCCAAAUUUUAGAUGCUGCUUUUCCCCUAGUGGGCAAGGAACAAAGGGACCAAACGUUUUCAGAUACCCGAAACUUGAACAGUCAUCCGACAAUAGCCGAUUUAUUUUUGAGUAGUAGGCCAAAGAUAUAUGCGCUUUUGAAAUUAUUGCAAGAACGACAUGAGGAGGUAUUAAAAAUUGCCGAGGAAGAGUAUAAAAUCGAGAUUGAUGAUUUGACAACGAAAGAUCGGGUUACAAUGUUGAUGGCUGAAAAUUUUCUAGCACUGAAGCUAGGAGAAGCGUGGGUGGAACUAGAAAUAGAAUUCACUGUGAUGAACUUCAAACCUCUUCCAGCAGACUACAAAAUAAUGUCUACGCUUGUGACAAGAUAUCACAAAUGGGGGGAAUAUUUGAAGGAGACUCAAAAUGAAAUAUUCAGGGAAGGCAAAGAAAAAGAACUUAUCGAAGAACAAAAACUGUACAACACGUUUGGCCAAUCACGUAUCAAAGAAUCUCUAGAGGCUCUCGAAGAACUGAGAUAUAUUGCGAGAUGUACAGAACAUAUGUUCCGUAUUUCGCAAAAAUAUAAACAACAAUCACAAAUAGAAAAAUCUUUGAAAAAAAUUCCUUUUCGGGGAAAUCUGAAUAAAACUUACUUCACAACCUUGCAAGUGACGCCAGUUUUCAAUCAAGAAGUCACGUUAAAAAGUGAAAAAACAACAGAACACGAAGAAGAGACCAUCAAUCUCGUAUCUCCUGGAAAUUCCCUCGUUCUUGAGGAUCAAGAUCUAUUUCUUGAGGACACUUUGAUAUCCCAAGAAUUUGAAACAUUGUGUAGCUAAAAAGGAGUUCCUUCGAUUCAUCCAUUGAACAGUUACUUACAUAAUCACAAAUUAUAUCACACUGAUGCGUAAUAUAAACCAUGUUACACCCAUUGCAAUAA